UUAUUAUUAACUGAAAUGAAGAUGGCAUUGGUCAACCGAUCUAGCUUUCUGGGUUUCAGAUUGAGUUGGAAGCCAACUAAUUAAUAGUACCUCCAAAAAAAAACCAUGUCCCGUGACUGUGAUUCCCUUCCUGAAAACACCAUUGUUGUGGGGUGUGGGGCGGCGGGUGUGGAUUUCUUAGCUACCGUUGCAACUUAUCCCAAGCCAGAUGACAAAAUCAGAAGCACUUCCUUCAAGAUUCAAGGAGGUGGCAAUGCAGGUAAUGCGUUAACCUGCACCGCACGCUUAGGCCUCAAACCAAGAAUCAUCUCCAAGGUUGCAGAUGACACUCAAGGCAGGGAAAUAUUACAUGAGCUAGAGGUUGAUGGGGUAGAUACAUCCUUUAUGGCUGUCUCUAAGGAAGGCACUUCACCAUUUACAUAUAUCAUUGUGGACAGCCAAACUAAGUCCCGUACUUGUAUACAUACCCCGGGAUUUCCUCCAAUGAAGCCAGAUGAUCUUCCAGAGUCAAAUUUGCUAACUGCAUUGAACGGAGCAAGAAUUGUUUAUUUGGAUGGGAGAUUGCAUGAAACUGCUCUAGUUGUUGCACAUGAGGCAGUUAAGAAGAAUAUACCUAUCUUAAUAGAUGCAGAAAGGCUGAGAGAAGGGUUGGAUGAUCUCAUAAAAUUAGCUGAUUAUGUCGUGUGUGCUGCACGGUUUCCACAGGCAUGGACAGAGGCAUCAACAGUUUCUAAAGCACUUGUUUGUAUGCUUUUAAGGUUGCCCAACAUCAAAUUUGUGAUUGUAACUUUGGGAAAAGAUGGUUGCAUAAUGCUUGAGAGAUGUGUUAAUGAGGAUCCUUCCGCUGAAGAAGUGGUUGUUGACAAAUUACUGGAAUCUCUGGAGAUGAGAAAGAAUGGAAGCACACACAUCCCAACCUGCAUAUCAUCGCCAGUGACAAAAUUGCAUGCAGAAGGUAUAGGAACAGUUUGCAGCAGGUUAUACAUUGGAACAGCCAAGAACAUACCACCAUCAGAGCUUAUUGAUACAACUGGUGCUGGAGAUGCAUUUAUUGGAGCCGUUCUCUAUGCUAUCUGUGCCAACUUCGAGCCAGAGAAAAUGCUGUGCUUUGCUGCUACUGUGGCAGCUUCCAAGUGCAGAGCUCUUGGAGCAAGAAGUGGUCUCCCUUACCGCAUAGAUCCAUGCUUGGCAUCCUUCAUGCAGUAGCAUUCUUUACUACCACUGAAGUGAGCCAAAUGGUUUAGAAUAAUUUUUUUGGUUAGAGGAAGUGAUAUAAUAUUGGACAUUUCUUCUACAUCUUUGUUUCAUACUUUCAUUAAAUGUCAAUUUAGAAUUCAAAGCCAACUUUAACACUGCUGGAAAAGCUACCCCUUUCGUUGAUUUGUCACACACUUGCCUCACUAUGGUGGUCUAUAUAUACAAGUCCCAAGAUACCAUUCCAUUUUCACAAUAUUGAUGUCUUCAUAAA